AUGUCGAAAUGGCAGAGACUACGCCUCCCAAAGCGCGAGGGACUUCCUCCGCUCCUCUACAAUUACAGCGGGACAUCUAAAGGCUACGAGAUAUACAUCACGGAUCUGACUCUACUGUGGUCGGAGAAGCUCAGCAAUCGACAGAUUCGCAAGAGAGCCGAUGAAGACGACACGACUAUUGAUCCAAGCGAAGAUUCUGAGCAAUUCAGAGUUCUACUUCAAAAGAUCGAAGAGGCGCUCCGCAGCAAUCCCGGGAGCAGUAUGGCACUGACCAGCGGAGCCAAUACCGAUUCCUUAGAACUACAUCUAACGACGAAACUUCCUGCUCCGUUGAGGCCACUAAAAUGGAAUAUAUACCUGUCCAAGGAACCAUUAACUGCUGCGACAAACCACCUACUUCUGCCCUUGCUGAGAGAAGAGAAGGACCGGGAAUUGCGCCAACGGACUCUUCUCGACCAGCUUAAGCAGAAAGACUGGGUCCUGGGGAAGCUUUUCGACAAGAUUGAGGCGAUGGGUAUUGAGUUGAGCACCAUCUUCCCCGGCAUCUCUGGGCUGCGCGGCGCUCGAAAACAGACAUCAUUAGCCCAGGCGGCGAAAUACAUCAGAGGGGUUGCGCCGUUUGACGAGCAGGCGUGGUUGGAUGAGACGAACAAGUCCUCUCCUGAGUCGCGUCUCACGUCGGCCAUCCUGAGAGAGGUUUCGGGGCCUGAUUCAGCCUCAGACCAGGAGAAAGUCCACCCGCCACCGGACGGAUGGUGGGAAUCGCUGGACAUACACAGCACUGCUGUAGUCAGCCCUGAGCCAGAGGAAAGAAAUGAAACGUCAGAGCCAGAACCUAAAGCCACCAAGGAUGCAGACCAAAUGGAUGUGGACACAGCUUCUGAAGACGAUGACGACGAAUUUGAGCGUCAAGAGAGACCUCCGAAAUCCAAACAGCAACAACCUACCAGAAAAGAACCUCAACUCUCGAAGAAACCCGAACCAGAACCACCAAAGUCACCCUUUCCACUCCCGCAAAAAGCCCAACAAAAACCCUCCAAAGGGAUUGGGAAAAUCGGCGGCGCAAAGGAAAAACCAAAGUCACCUGGCGCCGAACCUGAGCCAGAGCCCGAACGCAAAGAACCAUAUUCACAACCGCCAUCAACAAGAUCAUCAUCCUCAGAUCUUGAAGAGCCACCCUCACGACCCACCAGAUCAGUCAAAACACCAUCAGCCACGCCCUCAGAUCGACCAACAGACUCAGAUGCCUCUUCGGAUCAAGACGAGCGUCGUCAGCCAACCCCACUACCCAAACCAUCACCCCCUAAACCCAAAGUAAAAGAACCGCAGCAAAAGAAGCCUCGCGGUGGUCUAGGUGUAAUAGGUGGCAAGAAGAAGCCACCCAAAGAGUCUAUAGCUCCACCCCCAGUCCCGUCCUCCCCAACUUCAGAACCGUCAAAGUCAGCAUCACCACCGCCUCCAUCACAACCUCAACAACCUAAACCAGAACGCGCAGGAAAACUAGGCGUUAUCGGCGGCAAGAAGUCCAAACCAACCACAACAGCCAAGUCUGAGCCCGAACCCGAACCAGCACCAAGGCCAUGCCUCAAACGUAAAUCUGAAUCUAGAUCACCCUCACCACCGGGGAUAGGAAUCAGGCCUAAACAAGAGUCACAGGAGGGCAAAUCCAAAAUAAAGGAGCCAGAAUCAGAGCCUGACAAGGAAGAGACGGGGCAGGAGAAAGCAGAUAGGAAGCGAGAGGAGUUGAAGAAGCAAUUGGAGGUGAAGAGUAAGGCGCCGGCGAAGAAAAAGCGGAAGUUCUAG